AUGUCGGCUCAAGGCUCAACUGAAGGCUCACCUCCAGGCUCACCUCCAGGCAAGGCUUACAGAGAGUUUAAGGACCACUAUGACGUUUGGUUCCUACCAGCAUCCAUACUCGCGAUGGACAACUUCCACCCUGCCUCACCCCUCAGUCUCGGAGAUUCGAAGCGCUGCGAUCCAAACAAGUCUUCGAUUUUAGAUCUACCCGGCGAACUCCGCAAUCAUAUCUUCAGUUAUCUGGUUGAGUCUCGCACACUAGUGAGCGUGGGUUUCGUUACUCAACAUCGCCCGUCCAACGAUAUGGAUAUGCGACUUCGUUUUGUUUCUCGGGUUCACCCUCCCAUGGAUCUCUUCACGUCGUGCCGAACGCUGUAUCGCGAAGCAGGUACCAUACUCUACUCAAACAACACAUUUCGACUUUCGCGCCAUCUCCCCUUUCCAUUUGACCUGCCUAGCUCGUUUGUCGAAGUACCACGAGAAUUCUUCAGCCGUCUUGGAUCACAAGCGCAUUGGCUGCGUAAAAUUGUCUUAGACCUAGAUCAUCUAAAACCCAGGGACUGCUUCAGAGGAGAAGCUCGACUUGACAAUGACUUCGAGGAGCAAGAACGGGUGUUCGAUGAGAAACUGGAGCUGUUUGAGAUUACGCCUCUUCUGCGGGCUAUCUGGCGUCUUGAAGCUGACGUGGAUGUCUCGUUCACCCAGCCAUUUGGUCCUGCUAAGUAUCAGGGUGAGGAAGUUUUCCGGUGCCACGCUUCAUCAAUCACUACCAUUAUGCGAUCCAUUCUACAGGGUCAACUGAAGUUACGGCAAUAUGGAAGGCUAGUCGCUGCCGUUGGUCUAAAGCGAGAUGGAACCGGAGGAAUGAUCAACUGGGGAACUACAAAUUACGACUAUCGGGGCGCACAUCCGCAACUGGUUAGGAUUCUUCCUGGCCCUGAGCACAUGUCGAGCUUCGUGGCGGAGGACGAUGGGUCCCGACUGGAGCUUGUGAAGAGCAAUGAAGCUUCUUUACUCGGUAUCCCCAAACGCAUACGCCGAACCAUCUUCGACGCGAUCAUCAACCCUGAUGAUGGCAUAGCCAUCGAUCUCGACAAAGAGACCAAGUUCAAUUGCGGGUUGCUGCAUACCAACAAGGAAAUCUUCGAGACUUGGAGGUCGCAUUUCCUGUUCCACAACCGCUUUACUCUGACGAUGGCAACAAGCGACCUCCGCACUACAUUCCAGAACUUCGAUAAGCUGAGACGGUUCCUCCGCAAAACGUUCAAAUCCGGUUACAGCCGUGAGCCGAUGACUGAUGAGUCGAUGAGGACUAUUGCAACAUCAGGCAGAGAUCGUCCAGUUGGCGUAGACUAUGUCCUCAGGUUCAAUCUGAGUACUCCAGCCACGCUGAGCGACAUCCGUAUCAAUAUCCUACCCUUUGUAAUGGAAACCUCGACUACACCACCGCAUCAUGAAGUAACAAUCCAGAUAUGGACCCCCACACCCGACGGCUCCACAGCCAUGACAGCUACCCAUACUAUGAACCUCACCAGACUACGACUAAAUGUUAUCAAAGCCAUUUUGGACUGCGCAUUCACAGGAAUAUCAAAUAAGUCCUACCUACCCAAUUUCUGGACCAACGGCUUCGGAGACAUCGUUGAGACUGUCCACGAUUCGGUUGACGACACGGGUGGAGCUUGGGAGCCUGCCUCCGAGAUUGCGCUCGGCCUGACGGUAUACCACUUCGUUCGUACUCUUCAUCCUAUAGAUCGGGACUACCGGGGGUGCGUGGCAGAUCCGACGUGCGAAUACUAUGACGAUACGCAGUUUUUCCCUUUCCGGGCUGACAAGAAGGAAAUUAUGGUAUAUCUUAUGAAAACUAUGGCAUCUUAUCCUGAUUACUUCAAAACGUAG